CCUAGUUAGCUUAGUUGGAAUUGGAUCCGGUCAUCGCCCACUGAGGUAUAGAAAAACACGGACACUCUCUCUCUCAAUCUCUUCCUCACAGUCUGUGACAGAAAACUGCUUUGACAUUCACAAGCCUUGGCCUUUUAACUUUCCCACUCUGCACUUUGACUCCUACUGCUUUGCUUCUCAGGUAGAAGAAAAGAUAGGGUCUGAUAGAGGUGGAGCCCACCAAUGUAACGGAUCCCUCUCCAUUAGAAAGAUCGUAUAAGUUGGUCUCUAAAGAUAAUCUCCGAGUAUUUUCGUUUCAGAUGCAUCAUAUUGUGUGGUAUCCAAAAUGGUGAUCAUGAAUCAUGACUGAAUCCAAAACGUGGCGUUAAGUUGCUAGUUUCUUCUUCCAAGAUCAGCAUCAUGAAUCAUGCUCUUUACACGGCGUAUAAAAACACAAAACUCCACUUUGCUUUAGUGAUAACAAUUGUCUUUAAUUAAAAACCGCAUUGUCAAUAUGCACGUCAGUGUUGGUGAAAAAUGUAUAGAUAACAUGUCUAUAGGUUUUGUUGGCGACAAUGAUACCAACGUAUUAUUCAAGUAUUCAAAACAAAAAUAGCAUAAAGAGUUGCUUGAGAGAUUCUUUCUAAAACCAAGAAUACCUUCCAGUAGCCCACUUCCCCAUGUAAAAGAGGCAAUCCUAAUUUUUUUCUUGUUGGUCAAGGAAUUCUUAAGAGAGAGAAAAUCCUAACUAAGUAAGGACUUGCCAACAAUACAAACCAAAUCACCCUAAUUUGAGUUGGAUUUGCAUACUCAUUUGUAUGGGAUUGGAUUCUUAUACUAAGCUGGAUUGGAUGGAAAAUUCUUCAAAAUAAAUUUGGAUUUGAAUUGGAACCAAUGCCCAUCCCUAAUAUACACAGAUUCCCUGAUGAAUUAGGUUAGCUCACUCCCACAUGCACCCUAUGUAUUGUACGCACAGCACAAAAGCUCUAGCAUCGGCAUCCUACAGUCGCUUUUUUGCAAUUCUUGAAUUUUCAAAUAUUGUUAAUCAAACAGAGAGAGAUGAGUGAGACUCUAUUUUUGGCCUACCAAAAUCUGGGUGACUACCUCUCUUUAAGCAGCUGGUUCCCUUGCUUCACGCUCAAGAAACUAUUACUUCAACUCAGAGGAAAUUCAGAUAAGAAGAGAAAGCAAUACGAAAACCAAACCAGUAGUUCUUUUGAGUACAGCAGCAGCAGCGGGUGGCAGAGAGUACACGAAGAUAUCAUGGAGAUGAUUGUACAGCGCCUGAGUUUAAGGGAUCGAAUUCGCACAGGUCUUGCCUGCAAGUCUUGGAAUUCAGUUUGUAUGCGAGGACACAUCCGCGGUGCUCAAGAAGCGCCCUGGUUAGUUCUUCCUCAGGAUCCAAAUUGCAAGUGCUUGUCCGUUACCAACCUUGCCUACGGCAAAGUUCACAAGUUGAGGCUGCCUAAGCCAAUUCGUGGAAGUCGGUUUUAUGGCUCUUCAAGAGGUUGGUUAAUUAUGAUUCAAGAAAAAAUACUGAAUUCUAAAAUGUUUCUGUUCAACCCGGUUUCAGGAGCCUUUUGCCAACUUCCACCAUUGGCGACAAUUCCAUCUUUCAAAGAGUACGUAGAAACAGAAUGGGAUUUGUGUGGUACCAGCUUUUUCUUUCAUGACAUUGUGCUAUCCACCUCAGAUAUUAAUAAUUCAGAAUGUAUGGUGGCAGCAAUAUUUGAUAAUUUAAAGGUGUUGGUUCUGUGUAGACCUGGAGACAAAACAUGGAGUGGCUUCCAGGUAUUAGAUGAAAAUGAACUUCAUUGCCAAUUAUUGUUUUCUAGUACUGGUAAGUUAUAUUCCUUGUUUCUUAGUUAUAUUAAGAGUGAGCUCAUCCAACCUUGCACCAUAAAAUUUGGAGAUGCAGAAGUGGAAUUUAUCUUAGUCUGUGAUAACGAGGAGCAGAUUGGAAUUGACGUUGAGUAUCAUAAUGACUACAAAAUCAGUUUAAAUGGGGAAUACAACUCAUUCUUGUUUGAAUCAACCAACAAUGAAGUCUUGGUUAUCCAUCAAAUACUAGAUGUUUUUAAAAUUCGCAGAAGCGUGGAUGAUGAGGAUGAUCAAGAACUGGAACUGGAACUCGAAGGAGGAAAUCAUCAUCAAGGUGAUGAUGAAGAAGAAGAACACAACAUGCAAGAAGAAAAUGAUGACGAGCUCGAGGAGGGCAACACUGACGAUGAUCAUGAAUAUUUCAGGACAUCUGGUUUUAAAGUUUACAAGAUUGAUCCUGAGACUGGUGACUUUCUUCAGGAACAAAGUUUGGGGGAUCAAACCUUAUUUUUGAGCUUGCAUGGUUCCUUCUCUCUUCGGGCGAGCAAUUUCAUAGAGUUAGACAGAAACAACAUUUACUUUGCAACAAUUGGAUUGGACCGCUUUAAUGUUCGCAAAUCAUUUACAACUCGUGAGAUCGGCAUCUUCUGCCUCGAUAAUGAAAGAGUUGAGAGAUCCUUUCCAAGCGUCCAAGAGUCAAUGGGGUCUCGAAUGAGUUGGUUUACUCCAAGUUUGGGAUAGAGACUAGCUAGAUAUAACUUAUAAGAUAGAUGAGUAUCUUUGAACACCCUUGUCUCUUAGAAAAUAAAACAACUUUCAUUGCACAAGUUCCAGUUUGUAGUCAUUUUGAUUUAUUUUCUGUUAUUUGAUCCCAAGGAGUGAUUUCAUUAUGCCAUUUUGUAAAUUGUAACUCAAAUUUUCCCGUUUUAUGUAUUUUAUUAGAGCUUCAAGUU